GUCAGCAGUAGCUUUUUUUUUGAAAAGAAAAACCACCUUCGAGUUUACUUAAUUUGUCAGGUCCAUUCAAGUUUCGGAACAACAAGGGCGGUUUAACACAAUUAAAUUGAGUUUUUUAACCGGCUGGAGUUUGAAAAUGGAAGUAUUAUUUUUGGCAAGAAAAGAAUUCAUGAUAAUAAAGAGAAACUCGCACAUGUCAGUGGGUGUUAAUUGCGUGAAAACGUUAGUUGACAGUUCACCAUUACCAAAAAAGUCAACUAGCUUUCACGAAAAAGGCCAUUAUGUCGUGCAACUGGGAAACUCAACUUAUAUCGACCGAUCACCAAAUUUCCACGCCAUGGUUUACAAAUCAAUGCAAAAAUAUUGAGUACCACUAUUUUAUUUUAAACACUCUCAAGAGUCAAAACAACUUUGCUAAUGGGGUUUGUCAACUUUUGAAUAGACAUGAAUGAAGUUGAACCGACAACAAAAGAGCAAAAAAUAAAAAUGCGAUGUCAAAUUCAAGUCACAAGAACAGUUACGGGUGUUAAUUACUUGAAAAACGUAGGUGUCAACACAUCGAUAGUAAAGAGGAGUAUGAUUCGAGAGCGUGAGAAAACGAUAUCGAGAUAUCUAACUAACGAAAGAAGUAACAAUUUCUGGUAAUGGUGAAUCACGGACAUUAAUAUAGACUAUGCUAAAGAUGUCGCCUCCCUUUUUUAGAACAUACAAUGUGCUUUGUUCGAACUCGCUUUGAGACUGCGAACAUUGGUUUGUUAUUACAAAGGAGAACAUAAAUCAAAUUUUGAUAUGUGGAAAGGCUAAUGUAUUACAAAAAAGGAUUUAUGAGUUUUAACGGAGAAGCAAGCAAUAUAAGCAAUGAUACACUGUGUAAUAUAAGACCUUAAGCUGGCGCAAAAAUGACUAGAAAGGCUUGUUCUUCCAAUAAACAAAUAAACGAUUUGUUUUCCUUGUAUUUUUCUCAAACCUCGAUGACAAACAGGCAGAAAAUGUUACAUGUCGAUAUAAUGAGCAAAAAUAGAAUAAGUCUCAACCCAGCGCAGACUUAUUUUGACAAUAGCGGGAGGAGAGAAAAUAGUUUUGUAGCACUUACAUUUGUGAAACAAAGCUUUCGAAGAAAAGGCGUUAAUUACACGAACACUCGCUCUUGAUUCAUGAAUAAUAAAUAAAGUAAUCGCCAGUUUUGUGAGAAACCAGGAAAUGCAUUUCGAGUUGCCUAACUGAGCGUAGUUUGGGAAUACAACUUAAAUUCAUUUUGCAUUGGUUUUUUCAGUUGAACAAUAAGACGCGAGACAUAUUCGAGAGUUUACCGAGUCCAGAAUUGCGUAACACUGCUGAUUAAUAGCGCUUUGUUGACUAGUAAAAAAGAUGUCUUGCAACGAAAUAAUCACUGUUGAAGCUGGUAAAAAAAAUAAUCUUGGAACUCUUUGUUAUUAGGUGGUGACACAAUAUUUAAUUUGUGACAGCAUCUGUCGUCCGAACUCAGUACGUGCCGCGGUUGAGUCAAAGAGUUUUCUUCAGAGGCACCGAAGAAAACAAUCUUUUACAGCACUUUUGUCUUGACAAAGAGCCAAAAUGCGUAGAGGAUUGAAGAACUUUUUUACCUUUCCAUGGUUCAUCGAGAAAACGGCUAGUUCACCCAAACACGCAAAGUAAGUUAUCGAUACAUCAAAACCAAAUCAACUACAAAACACUCAACUUGUUGAAGUGGAAACUGCUUCUUAUAAAGUUUUAUCCCAGAACUGAAUUUCUGAACAAGACUUCACUCAGAGCCAAGAUUACCGCCGGAAUCCAUCGACUUCGCAAACAGUACUAUGAGUGCAAGGCCAGAAACUACUGCUAAAGAAACAUGUGGAAGCGAAGCAGAGUACGCUAGUCCAGAACACGAAUUAAAUGGCUGGGGCGCUGAAGUCGAACCAACAGGCGAACCGACAGCCGAGCCGGUUCCAGAGUGGGAUACGGCGGUAGAAACUUGGGGCGCUGCUUGGGAUAUUCAUCAAUACGGACUCGGCGGGUCGUUUGGUAUUGUCGGUGUUUUUGCGCUCGUAGCGCUCCUCGGAAUCUGCAAGAACAGCGGGGGUGUACGGCAGAAGAAAGUCUCUGUGGUUGUGCUGAGCCAGAUCGUUUUAUUUGGUUUAUCAAGGUGUUUGUUCUUGUGUGUGGAUGCUUACCAUUCCAAGGGCCAUGUUUCAAGCACCGUGGUGAGUGUAAUCUGGGGAAUUGGACAGCCUUGUUUGAUCACAGCCUUCAUGCUCAUUUUUCUAGUUUUGAGAAAUGCCCUCGUGAUGAAAAGCAGAUUUCAGAACUGGUACACGACGCGAAACAUAGCUCUGGUCACAGUUCCAUAUUACAUCUUCGUCUUCGCUUCGGAAAUGAUUGUUUCGUUCAUUCCGGCAUACAGAGCCUUGAUCCUGGCCUGCCAGAUAAUAAACAUUAUUUUAUAUCUUACUCUAGCUUCAUUCUACAGCUACAUCUCUGUUCUCAUUUGGAAAACGCUUCAACUUGUACGCAGAGCAGCUUCUAAAGGACAGGAAAGAGGGAAACAGACCUCGGCAAUCUUCAAGCGUUGCGUAGCAGCAGCUGUGAUCAGUUUCAGCGCCGCCGCCCUACUCGUUUACGCCGCCGUAGGCGUCAACGGCGUUUUUUCGAACGAGCAGUACGUUUCUCCGUGGCCCUGGUUCGCCUUCACUACGUCACUACGCUGUUUGGAGAUAGGAAUGUCCGUGUUGUUGUACACCGCAAGUAUGCACAGUGCCGCUGGACAACAAAAUCGCAGGAGGGUGGACGUGGCACCAAUGACCGUGAUGCAAUCAAACCAAUAACGCGUAACGCGCAACACGUAACGCGGCACAUGGCCAGAACGGUGGCAAUAUUGUCAAUAAGUGAACAACGCACGCGAGAUAUUGCUGAACAUGUAACAAAAAAAUUAAAUUUUGAUGCAGCAAGGAAGUCAAUAUUACUAGCAAUAGUAAUCUAACUUGGAAGAAUAUCUUCAUUUCGAAAUGUUAAAAACAUUUUAAUCUUCAACUGCGAUCACAUUUUAUUUUUGAACUGAUGUUUUUAAAAUUUCUAACCAGCGCGUACCACCUCGUCAAAGGUGGCGUCACAUUUUGUCGAUAGGGGCGGGAAAUCGGGAGCGCGGGGCUUGAUGGUACGACGGUGGAACGCGUCGAGAGCAGCAGUCCCACAAUUCACAUGCUCCACCCUCCAAUCAGAGGGGCGCCUGGGGACGAGGCA